CUUUUGUUUCACACAGGCUCAGACCGACAAGCACAGAUAUGGGUUUGCUCGACGCCUUCUCACUCGGGCCAAACAAGCGCGACACGGUGCUCCAAUUCCUCAACUUUGCAAUGAUCGUCGCGUCGGCGCUCAUGAUCUGGAAGGGACUGAUGGUCUACACUGGCAGCGAGUCACCGAUCGUUGUCGUCCUCAGUGGGAGUAUGCUGCCAGGCCUCCAGCGAGGCGAUCUGCUCUUCCUCACCAACGACGCAACCGAUCCCAUCCGCGUUGGCGAGAUUGUCGUCUUCAAAAUCUCAGGGCGCGAUAUUCCGAUAGUGCACCGUGUGCUCAAGGUCCACGAGAGUCUGGACGGCACAGUGAAAUUCCUGACCAAGGGCGACAAUAACACGAUCGACGAUCGGGGUCUGUACGCACAAGGCCAGCUAUGGCUGAAGCAAGAGGACGUUGUGGGCCGCGCUCGAGGAUUUAUUCCUUACGUCGGGAUGCUGACCAUCAUCAUGAACGCAUACCCGCAAUUGAAAUUUGUACUACUAGGUGUUUUGGGCUUGGUUGUGAUAUUCCACAAGGACUAGUUCCUUCGCGGAAGACAAUAAGUUGUUGACAAAAGAUAACGCUAUUUUGACA